GUCUGGCGAUCAAGCUUUUGGUUUCGGAGAUUGACAGAAAAUAACAGCGGGCGGCCUCGCCUUUUUAGGGAUUUCUUAAUGCAUAGGAUGGCGGUUUGGAUCUAAGAUUACACAAGUGUCCUCCUAGGUAUCGAUCAAAGGGUUUUGUUGCCAAUCUUACUAGAUGAGUUGAAAAAGUUUCAAAGUAGGGACCAGAUGUUCAUGAAAUAGGAAAUUUUGUGCAUCUGCAUGUCAAGCUUGAUUUGAUGAAAUUAUUGGUAGGUUUCAUUACGGUAUCCACAUAAUAAAAAUGAGAGUAAUAUAGAGUCCAGUAUGACAAAAUCUCAAAAUUUUGUGUGACGUGUGGUUCCAUUAGACACAUAAGAUGGCUUGGGAAGUAUAAAGAAGAGGACCUAUAGUUGGGUGCUAUCACACCCUGAGUUUUGCAGCCUGGACAUUAGUGAAAAUUAAGGUAAUCAAAACUUAAAAUAAUAAACUCUUCAAGCCUAUUUGGUAGUUGUAUUCCUUUUUUGGAUGUUUUGUAAUGGGACACUUCUUACCCAAGUGGGAAUGGCGAUAGUAUGUGUACUAUGAGUGCCAGGUAUCAUGGGCAGAUCCUAUGUUGGGGUGAAACUUGAUAAGAGGCUUGGUUGCGUGUUUGCAUCGUAUACUUAACGCAUGGUGAGUCAUGGCUGACACGGUAAACAAUCAAGUCUUGUGGGUCCAGCGUGUCAAUCUGUUCGAGCAAUCAUGUCCACAAUUAUGGACGAGAUGGAAUAGCCGUCGCUUAACUUGAUGUUAACAGUGUUUUGCCAAGUACAAAAUAACAAUAUGAUGGACCUACGUAGAAUUGUAUGGCAAUGGGACGUUACCUCAGGUUACCAGAUGGACACGUGGCACAAGUUUUACCCAGUCUAGGCCCUCGUCGGGUGAGUAAAAACCCCACUCCUACUUAUAUGAGAUUCUACCAUAUAUUGAUUACAGUGCGGGAGUGUAAUGGACUAUUCGGGGAGUUGAGGAUCAAGUCGCUGGCGUUGGAGGUGGACGAUCUGGACGGAGAACCCUAAUCGGAUCUACUAAUGAACUAAUAAACUAUUCUGAUUUUCGGAGGAGUCUAAGGUCUCCUCUUGUCUUGAGGGACUGCCUUAUAUAGGGGUCUUGGUUUGUGGUCGUUGUCCGUCACCUUGAUCUUCUUGUUGUGCAAGUCUUGAUCUUCUCCAUCUUUGGUAGUCGCACAACUCCCCUUAAGGAAACCAGGUUUGCAUGUCUAAGGUAACUGGCCUCACAGGCAUGAGCCCCUCGUACCAUGCACUACAACUCAAGUUACGGUAUGCAUGGAUGAGAAUACAAUGAAACCACUUCCCCUCGAUAACCCCCUAUCAAUAUUUGAAAAUGCGGCUGUGGACGUAUUGCCCAAGCCGUUUGCCCUAUUUGAAGUCGGUGGGCAACUUGCUUGGUGUUGAUCAGGCCCGAUGAAGUUGUUCCCUCUGUGUGGCCAUGUGGGUGGUCUGAUCGGCUGCCAUGUGGCAUACCCUAUAGGGGGCCAGCGAAUUAUGGAUGGUGAUGUGAUACGAAUCUCCGUGUUGCAUCCCUCAUCACCUUGAUUCACACCGCACCUUUAUGUCUUAUUGGUUUGGCUUUCGAGGAUGCAUGGUGUGUAGGAUUUAUAUUUUAUUCCCCGUUCCUUGUUGGGUUACCUUGCUUCCUUCAUACUUUGUCCCCAAGUCCUUGAGCCAUCCUCCUCAUUUCCCUCUCCAUACUUCGACAUGACCUCCCAGAGCACCGCUCCCGACUUUGCUGUCGUUGAGAGCCCUUAGCACGCAGCCGCCAACUAUUGUGCUACAUUGUAAGUGCACUUUUGAUCAUAUGGGUGUCCUUACUUGCGUCGGGAGAGGCCAACACUGUCCUUACUUGCGGUUGGUCAUCAUCUUUGGUUCUCAUGGAACUAUUCAUCAUGUUCGAGGAGGAGAUGCUGUUGCGAGGGGUGGCCUUCUCAAUGGGUGGUCUCCUCACGUCUGAAGGUGCUACAAUGGUGGUCCUCCUCGAUGACAUGCUAUGCGUUGUAAAUUUUUCAUUGUCCCUCCUUUCAGUGUUGCAUUCUGUAGAAUCAUGUUUUACCAUCUAACCCCAAAUUCAGUGGUCUUUCUUUCUCCAUUUUUACACUCGUGUGAGGGUUUUCUUGGGAUACUUCUGGAUCUGGAAUUAUGUCAUCAUCUUUUUUGCGCUUUAGCAAGGUGAACACCAACAUGUAAGAACAAGGACAUCGUCGAGGUGAAAAAAAUCAAGGUGAAAACACAUAAUUCUUGGAGCCAUAAUGACACAAAACCAUCAACGCGAUGGUCAUCGUGUCCGAUGGGAUGACUGCUCCAGGUUAGUCAAUUGGAUUGUGCAUGUGGUUGAUCACGACUUCAUCAGGGAGAUGGAAGUUGUCAUCAAAGACCUACGAAACUGGUAGCUGAAUGAUGUCCAUGUCACUGGUGAAUUCAUCUGCUGAUAGAUUGCCCCCUCACGGAGUGGGUAGAAUCUGUGUAGGUUUAUAUGGUGGGUUGGACCCCUGUCAUGAUGGGAACGGUAAGUUGCUCAGUCCUUUCUUCUUGCAAUGCACAGAUCCCUGAUAGGAGGUCCCUUGGGCUAGGGUGAACGAGAUGGUCUGCCCUGAAAGAUGUCGAAGGACUAGGAACCACAACGCUCCAGAAGCGUCGAUCAAGAUGGACGCAUAAGACAAAGACUGCAUCCUUAGGCUAAAGUGAACUUAGCCGUGUGCUUUCUAUCCCCUUUGGAUUCUUUUCGGUUAUUCUCAUUUUGUGUUUUGAUGAACUCCCAAUUGCAUUGUUAGAAAUGGUAUCACAUGUUCAAGGAUCACAACAAUCUUGGGGCAUCGGCCUAAGAGGUGGUGUCAGUCGCCAAUGCGUCUGCACCAGAGGCACUUGCUACCAAUGCCUGGACCGGAGGCACCUUCUCAGAGUGACCUCUAUCCAACCAUGUCUAGCUUAAACUCAGUAAGCUUUCUUGUUUAUUCUUCAUAGAGCUGCAAUCUAGUUUCUCUCUUUUUGAUCGCAGCGAUGGAAGGAGGUAAUAGCGCCAGGGCGGCUCAAGUGUGACACACACAAGGCUCCAGAUUGUCUCUAUGUUGAUCCCCUAUUUUCCUUGUGAAACUCACUUAGUGAGUUUUGAUGGUGCCUUAUCUUUAUUGCAGCUUGUUGGAGGAUGCUUUGCUUGGUAGCAUGGUGGGUUGUGUCGCCACUGGCACCACCCCUCUAAGAGCGAGUUUAAAGGCCACAAGCCAUGAUACCUUUGUCAGCGGAUGAGCCCCCCAGAAAUGAAGCUCUAGUUGUCAGUCCUUCACCCGUCGCGAGGUUGUGGGCUAUCAAGUCCUACCUCUAGGAGGCAAUUAAGGCCAUGCAGAAGUUAUCGAAGUGAAGAGCUCGUUAUGUGGAUCCAUCGUCAGAAGCAUGAACUCUGUGUCUCUCCCUCUCGCUUCGUGGUCUCAAAUCCCUGAUGACAUAACUUGGAACAUCCUCGUGCUGGUUUCACCACAUCCUGUCACCAUUGCAAGGAUAGCAGCCGUGUGCAGGACAUGGCGCUCCAUUGUCAGGACUAGCAAGUUCCUGAGGUGGCUGAUGGAGCAUCACGGAGUAACACCACUCAUGGGUUUUUUCACCAACGUCUCUAGCUCAGAUCGUUUCCUCCCUUUUGAUCAGCAUCUAGGUGUUGUUGGUGUCCCUCGAUUCACCCUGCCCAUCUUGUAUCCAGACAACCGCCUCCCCACUCUCUCCACGAGCCACUGGGAGGUUCUUGCUUGCCGCCAUGGUAAGGUUUUGCUGCUUGGAGGGGCCUCACCUAUGCUCUUAGUAUGGGAUCCAAUCACUGGCGAGCAGACAUUAACACGCACCCACACUGAACUGACCUACGUCCACGGCACAGUGGUAUGUGUCGCCCACCACCACCAUGGAAACUGUCACUCUUCGCCGUGGGUUGUUGUCUGGAUUGUGAGCACCGGCCGCGAAAUCAAGGUAAGAAGGUGGUCGUCGGUAACCCAAUCUUGGAAUAUCUCGCAAGCUCGUGUUUGGUUCGACGGCCUGGUUGAUUUCCGCCCAAGCACGUUGAUCGGUGAUGUUUUGUAUUGGCAUUUGACCAAUAACUUCCUCAUUGCCUUCGAUAUGGCUGAGAAUCUGCUCCACCCUAUCGAGUUGCCCGAAGCAAUGGCAUCUCCUAAAUUCCGACGCCACGUUCACGUUGUGCCAUUAGACGGUGAUGUUCUUGGCUUGGCAGUUCUGAACACUUCAGUGCUCGAGAUUUGGUCCAGGGUUGGAGGCAUCAGUGAAGGAUCUUCCUGGGCCAUGAACUAUACCAUCCCUUUGCUUUCCAUCAUACCCAUCCAAGAUGAUCACAUCAUAAAUCAUCAUAGGCCACAAGGCCGAAUUGUGUGUGUCAUGGAGGACAGGAAAGUUAUCCUCAUUCGUGCUGCUGACGGGGUAUAUGAAGUUGAUUAUCAAAGGAAGACAUCCACCAAGAUCAUGGGAGAAACACCACGGGGGACUAUGUUUGCAUAUGAGAGCUUCUACAUUGCAGGUGUCGCUGGUGUCGACGAGCCAUGAAGAAAACCAUCCUAUGAGGAAAGCAGGACCCCGACAUUACCCCGCCGCACACCUGUGUUCUAGUGGAAAUCUAGGAGGACUCUCUUUUAUCAAAACAAAAGAGAAAACAGUGUAUUGAUUACUUUCAUUUGUUCAAUCCCUUCUUUCAAUCAUGGUGUGCACAUCUUAUUUCAGUAUUCUGUUUUGAAGCCAUUUGAACCAUGUCAUCAAUGUACUCUGUUGUAUUAGACAUCAAUAAUGUAGGAGUGGAAUACUUCUAUAUGGAAAGCACGUGACUUACUUUUAUGUCGUGACGACAUAAUUUGUUUUGAAUAA